AUGUCCGCAACCGAUACGGGCGUCGAGCCCUCCCCUGUACAGAACAUCUCGGCUGCGUACACCCGAGUUACGCGCCAGUACCAGCAAAUUUUGGACAGAUGGACACCGCACAUCAUGUAUCGCUGGCUCGGAACUGCUGGAAUCUUGUCUCUUUUCUUUUUGAGGAUUGUUUUAUCCCAAGGAUGGUUCAUCGAUGCAUACGCCAUAUACCUCCUCAACCUCCUUCUCGCAUUCCUUCAACCUAAAUUCGACCCAUCCUUACAGGAGGAUCUUCUCGCUGACGAAAUCGAAGAAGGAGGAACACCAAUGACUUCUCCGCUCCCGAGUGCUCGUGAUGAUGAAUUCAGACCUUUUGUGCGGCGGCUUCCUGAAUGGCAAUUCUGGCUCUCUGCUACCCGCGCGACUCUCAUAGCAAUAGGCUGUACACUAUUCGAAAUGUUCGAUGUGCCUGUCUACUGGCCUAUCCUUGUCGUCUAUUUCUUCGUGUUGUUUGCUCUCACUAUGCGUCGUCAAAUACAACAUAUGAUCAAGUACAAGUACGUCCCAUUUGACAUAGGACGAAAAGCUAGAUACGGUAGCAGGUAG